CAAAUUUAUUUGUAUAAACAAGCAAAAUUUUAACUAAUAUUUUUAUAAACAAUAUCCAAAAGUUAGGACUACUGAAUGUGUUUGGCAUUUUUCAGCUUCUCAAAAUGUGUUAAGAAUUUUUGCUUGAGAAAUUCCAAGCCUAUAUAGAAAUAUGAUAAAACAAUAAACUUAAAAUAGGAAUAUAAAAAUGCAAAUAGAUGACCUCCACGCGGCCAACAUUUUCCCCAACUUUUUGACUCUACCAUUCUGCGAUUGUGAUUUUCCGCGAAACAUUGAUGUGCUUAAUAGUAAGAAUAUACAUGAAUUAUGCAAAUGCAAAUGUGUUGAGGAUGGAUAUUUAAAAGGGAGUAAAGAAUGGGUUUGGCAUAAAGAAUCAGCUCACCCAGAUUCUUAUGUCAAUAAAGGUGAUAUAACGUUUCACCCAAUUUACAGUCAAGGGACAGCAUUUGUCAGAGGUGAGAAGAAAUUGGAACUAAAAAUGAUACAUUAUUGGGAAAUUCAAAUAAUUACUAGUCCAUCUGGAACUGAUCAAAUGUUUGGAAUUGGAACUGAUAAAUUAAAAUUUGAUGAAUAUAGAUACAAGUUUGUUAGCGGGCUUGGGCGUAAUAAACAAUCGUGGGGAUUUUCGUAUCGUGGUGUAAAAACUCAUAACGGAAUAGCUGUAAACUAUGGAAAACGAAUAACACAAGGUUGUGUGGUAGGAGUUUAUUUGGAUCUUUUCCAUGGAUAUUUGGAAUUUUAUUUAAACAGAAAGCCCCUUGGUAUUGCAUUUAAAAACAUACCAUUGGAUCCUAGCACAAAUAUAUAUCCAAUAGUUUGUUCAACAUCUUCUCGAUGUGCAAUAAGGCUACUAAAUUCAACUUCACAACCUGUCUCACUUCAAUUUCAAACAAUGCGCAUUAUUUCGAAACAACCUGAUUCUCUUAGCGAAAUCAAAAAAUUUCCGGGUUUAAAACCAUUAUUGAACAAAUAUUGGUUUUUGAUUUCCUCAACUAAGUAUUCGCAUCGAUCAAGGAAAAAUGAAUUGCCCUUAGAUGAUGAAGUAGUUUUAUCAAAGCGGGCGAGGAAAUCAAAACCCAAAAGUGUUGAAGAUGAUUUUAACAUUGGUAUUUAUGAAAAUAUACAUAGAGUUCCCUUGAUAACAUCGGAAGAUGAUGAUGAUUCUUCUGAUAACGGGAUGUUUUUAUUACUUUAACAGUUUAAGUAUCCUAUCCAAUAAGUUUUUUUGAAUAAAAAUAAG